UUUCGUUUUUGCGAAAAUCAAUAAAGCGCUUCGAUUAUUAUCUAAAAACUUUGCGAUAAUAUUUAAUUUACGCCUGGAUGUGGGAUGAAUUGGCAAUGAAACAUAAAUAGCCUGUUACCAUAGUAACGCCCUAUGGCACAUUACGCGUGAACGCCUGUUUACCCGUUGCCAUGACAUUGCGUCAUUUUUACAUUGAUACUUGAAGUAACAACGUCUGUCGUAAAUUAGUUGAAAACAUGUUCUGGGGCGUCUCUCCGGCCUUGGAUUUACAAGAAGAGUACUUAAAACAUGGAGACAAACGUGCGUAUGAGCUCAACUUUCUGGUCAUUGGAGGUUGCGACGCUAGGCAUCUCCUCAAAACCCUGGCUCAAGCCUAUCGAACCGAAAGACGCUAUAUGAAUCUGUUUGUCGUUGACGGAUGCCCUGAACUCAUCGCAAGACAACUUCUCAUCAUGUCUCUUGCCCUGGAAAGGACCACACGUGUUGGCUUACUGGAGAAAUCCCGGCGUCUGAUGGAAGUGUACGGGAAUAUCCUGCUCAGACCAGAAACAUCCAGGUAUUUAAUUGCCAAAGCUAGACAACUAAUCAGCAUGAUCACCAAUCCAGAUUACAUGAAUUGCCUACUUCCUUGCAUUUCUCUUGAACAAAUGAAGUACCGCGAAAGAGAUUACAUUGAGAAUUUAUUAAACUUCUGGACAACGGGCAAUACAAAUCAAUUUAACGCAUGUGAGCUAUGGGAGCACCGUGUGAGACAUAACCUUGGAGUAAGGUAUGACACUAGAUUUGGAGUUUAUGAUUGGGAUUAUCACAUGCGUUUGAAGGAAUUAGCUAGUCAAAUAUGUUAUCCGGAAUAUAAGCACUUUAGAGAACAUGGCAUCGCCUUUACUUGGCUGGAAACAGAAGUUUGUCGACCGAACGUAAGUUUGGCUGCAGGAGUCUACCAAUGCGGUGAAAGAUAUCUGCACCGAGGCUACUUGGGAGACAUGGUGACAUCACCAUUUAUAGCGUAUGGUUUAGACUGUGAAGAGAAAGAUAUGCUAAAAUCCGACCACGGAGUCAAUUACAAGAGAUCUACCGACGUAUCUGAACGCAAUGUUAUGCGAAUGCUUUACGAAUUGGAAAAUCGCCAGAAGUUUGAACCGGAAUCGAUGAAUUUGGAGAAAGAUAAAAACUUGGGUAUGGUCGUGUUAAAUAAAAUUGAUGCAAAAAUUUCCGAAAGAGGGCCCGAAGCGCCUAUGGUUCUUCGGGAAGAUCGUGAUACGUACAUUAAUGUAGAUUAUGGAAAAGUGCAUUUUUUGUCUCUUUCUGCGCUGGACCAUUAUCCUCACAAGCCCCAAUUUCAAGGAUUAUUCCAUGGUGUUUUUGUUGGCAAUAAUAUGAUUGGUAGAGUGAAACCGAGUGUGUGGUCGAUGACUCGAGAUGACGCAGUCGUAAUCAUGGAGUCGCGUAAGUAUAUGGUCGAGCUAAAGAGAGAUGACAUUCAGGCUUUUGGGGAUCAGAUUCAGCAAAUGGCUACUGCGGCGCAGUGCGAGAUAAUUAAUAAAAACUUCGAUCCACAGAAGGAUGAUUUUGCUAAGUUCUUGAUCAAACGACGCAGCUGGAGUAGUGAUAUUUCUUCUUAAUUCGUAUGUAUCAUUAAAGUUAUC